AUGUGGCCUUUAGCCACUCGAGUCGCCAGGGCGGCAAUUUUCACGCUACUACUCGCAUCGCUUGCGACCGCGCUUCCACACGGGGACGAUGAAUCAAUGGACAUGGGAAUGCAUAUGAACACGAGCACCGACGCGCCGCAACCUACACCCACCGCCAUGCAAGCUAACACCGAUGGUCCCAUGAGCUAUUUUGCGUAUAGCAAGCACUCCAGCACCAUUAUUGCUCACAUUGCCCUUAUGGUUCUAGGAUGGUGCUUUGUUCUUCCUGUCGCUGUCAUGCUGAGCAUCGCACGCUCACGGCUUGCGAUUCUAUCACAAUUCCUCUUCCUGGCCUUCAACGCGUUCGGUGUCCUACUUGGGGUUAUCUAUAACAGCCAGACCCCAGACCUCUACGAGAACAAUGCGCACCACAAGCUCGGCUGGGUUGCGACGUGUGCUGUAUCCACCCAGGUCGUCCUGGCUUUGCUCUUUGCCUACGCUGGCCGCGGCGAGUCGAAUAAGUCGAAUACGCCCUCUUAUGAACACGCUGCGUUUCUGCCUGUCGCGACGGACGAUAAUGAUAACGAGCAUGCUUGCUUCAACGGUGCGAUGCGCGAGCAUCGCUGGUCUCGCGAUAGUGGUCAGGGAACCGAUAGCAACUCGUCUUCUAUUCAUAGCCCUGGAUCGUGUUGCGAGUCGCCUACCGAUUACGACGGAUUUGAAAAGCCCGACGAACUACCGAAGGAUACCGCUCCGCAAGGCUGGAUUCGUCACACCGGUGUUGGUCGUUUCUUGUCCAAGACUGUCCCUGGUCUGAUCCCCGGCCGAGUUCUCCGCGUUUUGAAUGUCGUGUAUAAUAUCGUUGACCGUGUCAUUCUUCCAUUCGGAUUUGUCUGUAUUGCGACUGGGGCUGUGACUUAUGGUGGUAUCAUGAGGGGCCAUGAAAUCUUCAACGGCCUUGCUCACUUCAUCAAGGGUGGUAUUUUCUUCUGGUACGGUGUCCUGACACUUGGACGUUAUAUCGGUUGCUGGGCAGAUCUGGGCUGGGCCUGGAACAAGAAGCCUUCGGCGUCUAUUGUCGGCUGGAAAUCUAAGGUUCCAUCAGCUGAAGCCACAGAAUCAUUCGUCAUUUUCCUAUAUGGCGCGACAAAUGUCUUUCUCGAGCACCUAUCCGGUGCGGGCAAGGCAUGGUCUGCUACAGACCUCGAGCACGUUUCGAUUUCUGUGCUGUUCUUCGGCGGCGGUUUAGCCGGUAUGCUUUUCGAAUCUACCUGGAUCCGCGAAUUGGUCAACAACACCAUCCUCCAGACCCCUGCUCAUGGCACCUCGGAUGAAGCCUGGACGCCACCGAGGUCGCAGGGCGUUUCCUUGAACCCCAUGCCACCCCUAGUUAUUAUGUUGCUUGGCAUGAUGAUGGGGUCGCACCACCAGGACAGCAUGACAUCGACUAUGGUACACAAGCAGUGGGGUAACAUGUUGGUUGGAUUUGCGCUGUCGCGCGGCAUGACAUACGUUCUGUUAUAUCUCAAGCCACCGACCUCGUACCUCCCGGCUCGUCCCCCGACCGAGAUCAUCGCUGCAUUCUGCCUAAUCUCGGGAGGUCUGAUUUUCAUGAUGAGUACCCGAAAUGUGAUCCAAACUAUGGAGUACUACGACGUGGACGCAAUGUUCACCUUCACUGUCGGCCUAGGCUUCAGUGCUUUCGUUAUGGCUUAUGAGAUCUUGACAAUUGCCCUCAAGGCCUGGGCCGUGAGGCGCGCACAGCGCCCUCAGCCAAACUUCCGCUUCGAGUGA